AUGGCUUCUCGUAUGGACAAUAUUGUCACCGGACCGAUCCCUGCACGCGGAUUCUCUGACGCGACGUUGCACGUUCGCACUCGCGCGAACGGGGCGAAGGACGGCGCCGGUACUUGUAUGUUCGAAGGCAUUGACGUUGAAGUUUUCCAGUCGACUUCGAACCUGUUCCGUAAGUUGUAUGCACGUGCGUUUGCUGCCGGCCACCACAACCAUGUAUACAUUGUAUGGAAGGAUUUCCACAUUGUGGACUGCUAUGUCAAGUGGCUUCACGACCGAAUCGUCCAUCGCAUCCCAGCUGAGGAAGUGAAGUCUAAGCGGCAAUACCAACACACUGUGCUCAAGUAUCCUAAACACCCGCUGAAGGAGUAUAGCCCGCUUGUUCAAGAUAUGCAUACACUUAUCAACAUGUGGCUGUUCGGUUUCUAUGUCGAGGACGCUACGUUCAUGGACACCAUCAUGUCCUUCUUGGAGGAGCUGUUACAGGAGUCCCAUGAGCCUGAGUACGACGAUGGGGACUCUACUCGAGAGACGUUCUUUCGUCUCCUGAAGCCAUCUGUCAUCGACGCUAUCUGGUCCCACACUACUCGAGGGGCGAAGCUUCGGGCUUUCGUGGUUGAUUACCUUCUUAAGUACGGCACACACAUUGAUAUUCUCCGAUUCAAUGGUACUAUCGUCGAGGAGGCCAAGGUCAGCGCAGUUGAGUCUGCUCCGCCUACUCCCGUCAAGUCUCGUAAGUCGCGUGCUGACUCUGCCCGUCCUUAUCGUUCAAUUCGCCAAGACACCACUCCGUCUCAAGUGUCAAGCUCAGAGUCCUCUACUGAUGACAGUAACACCAAGGUGGAGGAUUCACCGCAGACCUUUCCGCCUGAGUUCAUCACGGAGCUGAACAACGCUCAACGCGGCUCCCUCCUAGUCUCGCAGCUCCCUAUUGAGAUCCAGUCGUUCUACCAUGACCAGGUGCGGGUGUUCCUUCCUCCCCUACCGUACUCUUUCGAGAUGACCUGUAUAGAAUCAUACACGGAGCCUUGCCUGUCUGCUUACGGCGAGUUCAACGGCCUCGUGGUGCGGAAGACACAGCAACUUACAUCCAUGUAUCAGCUGCACACUGUUGCGUUCCGCAUAGCCUUCUUCAAGGCAGUCUACGGAGAGGGUCAGACGGUCCUCCGCUCCACGUACUGGGACACGGAGGGUGAAGUUCAGGCGCAGCCAGCUAGCGGCAACCACCUCUCUAAUACUGGCGGGACGAGCAUGAGCUGUGUAUACCACCAGCAUACCAAGGAUGGUGCUUGUUGGGUGCUUGGAAAGCGCUUUCGCCAGGGCGUCCCGGUGCCGGUUGCUCCUCAGCCAGCCAAUGUUUAG